CCGCGCCUGUCCCGCAUGGAGCUGCGAGCAGGAGAUUCUUGGGGGAUCUUCACCUUCCUGUGCGCCGCGCUCUGCAACCUGCCGGCGCUGCCCGCCCUGAACUGCACCGAGGAGCUGGGUGCCGGCCAGUCCAUCCAGAAGACCUACGACCUGACCCGCUACCUGGAGCACCAGCUCCGCACCCUCGCCGGCACCUACCUGAACUACCUGGGCCCCCCCUUCAAUGAGCCCGACUUCAACCCCCCGCGGCUGGCACGGGCCGAGCGGGUGCCCAGCGCCACGGUGGACUUGGACCUGUGGCGAGGGUUGACCGACAACGCCCGCUUGGCCGCCAACUACCGCGCCUACAGCCGGCUGCUCUGCUACCUGCGGGCGCUGGACGGGCAGGCGGGCACCGCCGAGUUGCGCCAUCGCCUCGGCCACUUUUGCUCCAGUCUGCAAGGUUUGGUGCUCAGCAUCGCCGGCGUUAUGUCCUCCUUGGGUUACCCGUUGCCCGCCGGCCCCGCCGGACCCUCCGUGCCCCCCGGUACCCCCGUCGCCCCCAAUGACUUCCUUAAGAAGAUGGAUGAUUUCUGGUUGCUGAAGGAGCUGCAGACGUGGCUGUGGCGCUCGGCCAAGGACUUCAACCGCCUCAAGAAGAAGGUGCCACCCGCCGUGGUGACGCUGCGCCUGGAGGCGAGGGGCUUCUGA